ACGAACCUAGAUGUUCAGAAAUUGUUCCAAAACAGAUCGAUAGAUUUAUGUGGAAUCAUGCCACCGAAUGGAGGACUUCAAGUAGCUCAACAUCCCUUCCAUCUCGUUCACGAGAUCAUCCACUGCAGAUCUUUGUUUUUUGAGACCAUCCUUGAAGCAGACGAUGGGCUCUCUAAUGAAUUAUGGCUUGCUAUUUGUCAACAGGCAGACCUGAGUUUUCAGCCAACAGUUCAGUCCGCUGAUAGUGUGCUCAUGCAGACCGUUUCGUUUUAUGUGACACGGCUCUUGCCUACGGAACCUACUGCACCUAGUGUAGGACGUGUUCCUCUAGUUACCGAAAUAGGUCAUCGGAAGCACACCCCUCUGGAUCUUUUUCUGCCAACGUCUCCAGUUGUCAUUAUUUCAGAGUCUCAGGAGUUCUUCUCGUCAUCGCUCCAUCCACGGCACUUGACAAUCUUCUGUAAUUUUGUUAGCAUUCUUUGUACGACGAGUGACUUCCCUUCAGCGAAUAGAUUAAUGAUGUUGAGGUAUCUACUAAAGCAGUUCCAUGUUUUUUGCCUAUACGACGUGGCAGACCAAGAUAUGCUCAGUUCUCUCCACUGUCGGCCACCGUUCUCGGCUCAUCUCUACACCUUCCUCUAUACUUUCCUCGAACAGUGUCCUACUGCGUCUAUUUUCAAGGAUUUUGUGCAAUGCUGGAUGACUUUUUGUCGCCCAUGGAGAUACGCAGACGCCCUAUUGACUCUUUCUAGUGCAGAGUUCUUAAGAGGUCCGUGGAUGCCCUUCAUACGAGUCCAUGAGAAAUUUUACAGAAUCCUCCUUGGGAAGAUACUCCGAAGGGUGGCGGUAUUUGACCUGAACAUGGAGAGUAUCAAGGUUAUACGAGCAGCUGUGGAAUUUUCAUGGAAAGAGCCGAUGGUGUCGAUGCUUAGAGUUUCAUCGAACUUUUUGAUUUAUAGUGCCCUGCCGAAUCGUACACCACAGUUGUCUGAAACUCCUAAGCGUGCUCCCACCCGCCUACUUCCCGACCAUGUUAGAGAUCCUGUCACAGGACUUAUGUAUCUGACCGAGCUUGGACGACGCCAAGUCUGGAGCGGCGAAAGGCGAUUCGACUUUUCCAUGUGUUCACAGCUGUUGCCACAGUGGAAGUCGCUAGCAAAGCCGUAUGAGUUUCCACCCCUUGUGGUGCUUUUAACCAAAAUAAAUGAGUACCUUAACCGGACGGCCCUUGUUAGCACCAUAGCCAGCGAGUAUUCAAAAGAUACUGUCCUUGGUUCGAUUGCAAGAACAAUUAUGGAUCCUCCUUGCCCGAAUCCCUCAAGUCCGCUUGCCUCUCCUGUUUUCUCGAAAACGAUAAAGGUCACUCCACCAGCGCUACGUAUUCGGAAUUUUAUGUUGAAGUACGGAACCUCAUUUCAGAUCUUGGCAAAUUACGGUGUUUUACUCGGACUUUUCAUCGUUUUCCUUUUUGCUCGGUACGGUAUCUGGGCUUUGAUUCCGGUACUGCUGACGUCGUUUAUUUGUGCGAUGUUUUUACUUGCGGCCGAAGAUCUGUGA